UGGUACCACCCGUUUCCUUCUUCCCUCGAUUUUGCGCCGAUGUGGGCGGGUUGUCUGAGCGGGCACCAGGCGUGGAUCGAGGCUUGUUCGUUUAGCGAGAGCGUGAGACGGUUGGCGUCGUGUUCGGGCGACGGAACGGUGCGCGUUUGGGACGUCGAGGAGCGACAGUGUGUGGCGACUUUGUCGGGACAUACGGCGGAGGUGUGGUCUUGUCACUGGCAUCCCAAGAACGCUAACUUAUUGUGCUCGACGUCGUCUGACAAAUCGGUUAUUGUGUGGGACGUUGAGAGGGAGAGACGGCUUUUUACGCUCGAGGAACAUGAAGACACCGUCUGGUGUUGUAGGUUUUCACCCGAUGGUCUCUUACUGAUUUCUACAUCUAGUGACAAGACAGCCAAACUGUGGUCAUGUGAUCAAUUGCCAAUAUGUCGACCACAACUCUUAACGACUCUGGAAAGGAGGGAUGAUGCACUGGAGUUUGCCGAGUUUUCUCCCGAUUGUCGAUUUCUCUGCACUGUGUGCAGGGAUGGAAACAUCAGGCUGUGGAAAGUCGAACGCAGAGAGAAAGACUUGGGGAUUGUAGAAGAGCAUGUUGAUGGUUGUGAAUCGCUCUAUCGGGACGAAGACAAAAUGUUGAGUAGAGAGUUGUCUCCAGUGUGUGAAUCGCCAAGAUCAGUUGAAGGCGUUUUGUGUGAAAUGAGUGAGGAUAUGCUAUAUGUAGGAUUGUAUUGUCAGCUGAAGAGAAAGAGGGCGUGGGUUCGAGCAUGUGCUUUUAGCGAAUUUCGAUUUCAUCGUCUUGCUACAUGUUCUAAUGAUGGACGAAUUUGCAUUUGGGAUACGAAGAAGAGACGAUUAAUUCACGAGCUUUGUGGACACACGAACAUCGUUUGGAGCUGCGCAUUUCUAUCAGUCAAGGAUCACGGUCUUUUGCUCGUUUCUUGUUCGAGUGACCAGACAUUAAGGUUUUGGAAUCCCGACAGUGGGCAAAGCGUUCAAGUAAUCGGAGGACUAAGCGAGCAUGUUAGUUGUCAGCUGUUCUCUUGCUGUUUCUCACCGAACGGCCGUAUGUGUGCCUUGGGAGGAGACGAUGGUAAAAUACACUUACUUGACGUCAAUGCUUGCUUAUGUGAACCAAAACAAAAGUGAUAGUUGUUGCAAUAUUUUGUGGUUUAUUUGUUUUGUAUUGUUUACACUCGACUAGUCGGAUUCUAUUUUUGCAUCUUUUUACUGUUUAUUGAUAUCAAUUGAUAACAUAUUUGUAAAUAGUGACGACACGAGCGGGUGGAUUUUCUACUACAAUACGUUCUAUUUUGUUUGUAUCGAGUUUUGUAGUAGUGAUUGAACAGUUGAUUUAUUUUGUUGUCGCAGACUAAUUAAGAAACAAUGUGACCAUGUCUGAUUGUGUGAUGUAGAGUGUAUACUGUGUGUGCUCUUGUAUACCCUGUCCCACAUUAAUCGUCAUUAUUUC